AUGACCCACAUAGAUAUAACGCGGUUUGGGCAUAGUAAAUGACAAACGCACUGGAUGAAUUUGUCAUUGAUAAAUUGACGCUUGGAUUGUGUCAUUCGUUCAAAGAUGAUGAUUUUCAUUUAUUCAAUCCUAUUGAUACCGUUCCUUCAGAGUUCAUUUGGGUGUAACAGUGGAUGGACCAGCUACAGAGGUAGAUGCUACUUCAUCAGUCAUGACCAGCAAUCGUGGGUUGCAGCAGAGGGAAUUUGCCUAAACCUCGGGGGUCACCUGGCAGAAAUAAACGACGAAAGGGAAAAUAACUUCUUACAGCAUUCGCUAGUUGACAUAGUCAAUAAACAAGCCUGGGUAGGAGGUACUGACGUGGGGGUGGAAGGAGAUUGGUUUUGGGCAUUAUCAAAGACAGACAUCUACCCGCCGAAUUACGUCAACUGGCAACCUGGUGAACCGAACAGCUGGAGUGGUCAUGAUGAAAAUUGCAUGGACUUAAGGCCUCAUGCUCUAGGAUGGAAUGACGAAACGUGCUCCGUGGCAUUAAACUACAUAUGUGAAACAUUAUAAAGAAAUGAAACUCCA